AUGUAUUCAUAUUCAAACUUCUUUAUCAGUAGAGAAUAUGAUAAAUUACUUUCUGAAAUAAAAGAAGAUGAAAAUUAUGAUAAAAAUAAAAGAGAUAAUAAUAAACAUUUAAAAACAAAUG